CUUAAACCUCAUUGUCGCACUGGGUGUGCCAUAGCUCGGGGAAGAGGGGGAGGUUUGCGUUUUCUGGACACUGCAUUUUGAUUUUCUAAAACUUGUGCAUUAGUACUGUCUGUUUUUUCAAGAGGCCUUCGACACCUGGAACUCCACUCCACCACCCUGCCAACCGUGUCAGAUAGGACUUGGACCCGGAGAACAGCACAUCAUCCCCCUACGUUCACCAUGUCUGCCGACCCUGCUGCCGAGCUGCCUUUCUUUUAUGGCAGCGUCAGUCGGGUGGAGGCCGAGGAACAGUUGAAGCUGGCCGGGAUGGCCGAUGGGCUCUUCCUGCUACGACAGUGUCUUCGAAGUCUCGGGGGUUACGUCCUCUCGCUAGUGUGGAACCUGGAGUUUCACCACUACCCCAUAGAGAAACAGCUGAAUGGGACGUACUGCAUCACAGGAGGCAAAUCUCACUGUGGGCCAGCGGAGCUCUGUGAGUUUUACAGCAUGGAUCCCGAUGGACUGGCGUGCAACCUGAGGAAACCCUGCCUGCGCUCCCCGGACACCCCCAUACGGCGGGGGGUGUUUGACAGCCUAAGGGAAAACAUGCUGAGGGAGUAUGUGAAACAGACCUGGAACCUGGAGGGAGAGGCUAUGGAGCAGGCCAUUAUCAGUCAAGCUCCUCAGCUGGAGAGGCUGAUCGCCACUACGGCCCAUGAGAAGAUGCCCUGGUACCACGGUAAAAUCACACGCAAGGAGAGCGAGAGGCGCCUUUACUGCGGGGCGCAACCAGAUGGCAAGUUCCUAGUAAGAGACAGAGACGAGACUGGUACCUUUGCCCUCUCAAUAAUGUAUGGGAAAACAGUCUACCACUACCAGAUCCUCCAUGACAAAUCAGGAAAGUACUCCAUGCCGGAGGGGACCAAGUUCGACACUGUGUGGCAGCUGAUUGAGUACCUCAAGAUGAAGUCUGACGGCCUUGUGACUAUCCUCAGGGAAGCGUGCCUCAACAAAGCCACUAUACAGACACCUGUCCUCCCAUCGGCACGACGGCCCGCAGCACCUAGGUACACACCGCCCCCUGGAGGUCUUGGGAUUGCCACGAAGCCACUCAGCCCCAUACCUGCAAAUACUGAGGUCCUGCCCAUGGACUGCGCUGAGUUUGUCAACCCGUACCAUAACCCCAAUGAUCUGAAGAAGUUUUACAUCCAGAGGGAACAGCUGAUGAUCGAUGAGGUCGAGCUGGGCUCUGGAAAUUUUGGAUGUGUCAAAAAGGGGGUCCUGAAAACUGACAAGGGCCAGAUAGAUGUGGCCAUAAAGGUAUUGAAGAAUGACAAUGAAAAGCUGGUGCGGGAGGAGAUGAUGAGAGAGGCUGAGAUCAUGCACCAGCUUGACAACCCUUACAUCGUCCGCAUGCUGGGCCUGUGUCAAACAGACGCGCUGAUGCUGGUCAUGGAGAUGGCCUCCGCUGGACCUCUCAACAAAUUCCUCUCCAGCAAGAAGGAAUCUGUGACUACAGAGAACAUUGUUAACCUGAUGCACCAGGUGUCAAUGGGAAUGAUGUAUCUGGAGGAAAAAAACUUUGUGCAUCGAGACUUAGCAGCUCGCAACGUCCUGCUGGUCAAUCAACAGUUUGCCAAGAUCAGCGACUUCGGGUUAUCUAAGGCCCUGGGUGCAGAUGACAAUUAUUACAAGGCUCGUACAUUAGGAAAAUGGCCGCUGAAGUGGUAUGCUCCAGAAUGCAUCAAGUUCCACAAGUUCUCCAGUAAAGGUGAUGUCUGGAGUUUUGGGGUCACCAUGUGGGAGGCCUUCUCCUAUGGAGGAAAACCUUACAAGAAAAUGAAAAUUCCAGACGUAAUACGCCUUAUUGAAAACGGUGAACGAAUGGAAUGUCCAGCCAAAUGUCCGGAGCAAAUUUAUGCCGUGAUGAAGGACUGCUGGACAUACAAACAUGAGGAACGUCCAGACUUCAAGAAGGUUGAGGGAGCCAUGAGGACCUACUAUUACUCCAUAUCCAACAAGGGCCAGCCUGAGGGACAGACAGAAGCUGCUACGCCUAUCAAGUAGAGACAAACAAGGGACGUUCUGUCCCAGUGCUGCACAAUGUAUCCUUUCAAUUAAGCAUCGACAAGCAAAAACAAAGAGCUUCUUAUGAACUGUUCACACCGACCAGAUUCAGCUACAGUGCCAUCAAAACUAAACAAGCCUCAGCGAUACUAAAUGCAUGUUUGUAAAUUGUAUUUAAAUGUGUCAUUCAAGCAUGAUGAAUCGGUGUGUGUUUGGAUGUGAGGUGGAGAAACUGUCAUCAACACAAUGAUGAAUAAAUUCAUUUU